UAGUUCACGAAUGUUUUGUUGUGAGAAGUUGCUACUAAAUUGCUGCUAAGAUGGACGCUAAUGACCUCGAAGACGAGAAAAUUCAACCUACUAUUGAAGUAUAUCGUGAAAGAUGGAUCAUUUUGAUGAUUUAUAUUUUGUGUACCUGCUUAAGUUCAACGCAGUGGAUAGAAUAUUCAAUUAUAACGAAUGUAGUAAUGAAAUAUUAUGAUGUGAGUGCUUCAACAGUAGACUGGACAUCGAUGUCUUUUGCUAUUAUGUGGCCAAUAUUGGUAUUUCCUGCAUCUUAUAUUAUCGAUAAAAUGGGUUUGAGAGUUGCAGUUUUGAUUGGUAUUUUGUCUACGGCACUUGGCUCAGGUGUGAAGGUCUUCUCUGUUGGCGAAAACUCAUUUUAUGUUGUUAUUCUGGGACAAUUGAUUGUUGCUGCAUCUCAAAUAUUCUUAUUGAAUCUACCAUCAAAACUGAGUGUGGUAUGGUUCAAACCUGAGGAGAUAUCAACAGUGUGCUCUCUAGGUAUACUUGGUUUGACAUCAGGAACUGCAAUUAGUUACUUUGUUCCUCCGAUCAUGGUACGCGAUAGCGACAAUAUGGAUGAAGUUGCUGACGAUUUCAGAGUGAUGAAUUGGGGUGUAUUCCUUCUUUCAAUACCGUUAGUACUCAUCGUAUUUUUCUGUAGUGGUGACAUUCAAGUGGAUAUAAUGUUUUUCGUUCAUCUGAAUGGAAACUCAGAUGAAACUAUAGAAUCAGGAAUGUUCAAAAUGAACUGGGCUCGUCAACAUAUGGGCUCAAAACCAAAUGGGCUCAAAACCAAAUGGGCUCAACAACUGAGCAUCUCAGCGACUGAGGGGUGUUCAGCAAAACGAUGA